UUGGUUCCCUGAAGAAUCUUCGCUCCAUGCUUAAUCGCUGCAUAGCCUCUUUAUUUUGAUUUUAGUUUUGUGUGCUAAAGUUAGGGCAUGAGACCCAAAAUGGGUUAGAAACAACUUGAAGUUCCAAUGGGUAUUUCUUGUGAUUCUGCUGCUGCUACUGAGGAGGUGAAGAAAAGCAACCAUUUCCAGAGAAAGCUGGAGAAGCGGCAGCAGAAUCGCAAGCUUGAUGCACACAUUGAAGAGCAGUUUGGUAGUGGUCGUUUGUUGGCUUGUAUCUCAUCAAGACCUGGUCAGUGUGGCCGUGCUGAUGGAUACAUCUUGGAAGGUAAAGAGCUUGAGUUCUACAUGAAGAAGAUCCAGAGAAAGAAGAGCAAGGGAGCUGGAGCUGCCUAAAGUUUUGUUACCUGAACGUCAUCCUUCAUAUCAGAAUCUGUUUUGUUCAUGAUGUUUCCUCUCACAUAGCCAUUGAACUUAAGCUUAGAUGAAACAUUUUAUGAGAAGCUAUUUCUUGUGUUA